AUGACGGAGGCACGUAAACUGACCAUAAUGUCAGGACUCAGAAGCAAACCAAACAUGGACAGAGAGGAGGGCAGCACCAGGCAGGAUCAACCAGUACAUGGGGUGCCUACACUUUUUGAAACAGAGUCCAGAUUUGAUCUUCCAGGAUCUGACCUAAGCUUAAAACUUUCAUCAAUUCUUUCCGGAAAAAGACACCUACAAAGUAUCAAGUAUCCUUUGUAUAUGAUGCAACUCUACCACAAUCUUCUCAUGAAGAAUGAGUCAAAAUUAUCUGAACGAGUCAACACUUCAGAUUAUGACAUCGUGUUAAGCCUUGUUGCAAAAAACUAUACAGAAGUCAAUAAUCGCCUCAAGCUGUCUUUCGAUAUGUCCUCAAUUUCUAGCAGCAAUGAGUUACAGUUGGCCCAGCUAAGGAUACAUAUCCCUUCGUUCCUGGGUUUAGAGAACAAAACCUUAGACAUCUACCACAGCAAGAAAGAAAAAGAACUGUUCCUUGGGUCAUUCAAGAUAGAUCCUGCUACCUUAAAAGGUUCUUCUUGGGCUAGCUUCGACCUUACCCAAAUGCUCCAGCUCUUCCUCCAGCACGUAAGAGAAAACUAUGCAGAUGAACACAUAAAGUCCAAGUACAUAACAGAGAAAACCACGGACACCAAUAUGGAAUUUGAGCCAAAAUAUGGUAGACAACAGACCACUUAUACAUCCAGUGCAGAGAGGGUUGUGCUUGUUGUGUUUGCAAAGGACAAGUCCUAUGACAGCGUAGUUGGUUCUCCGAGUCUCAUCAAAACAGUGGAGUCCUCAAAGUAUGUUGCACUGGAGAAAGCUAGCAGAGUAUCAGCCAUCCGGAGACACAGGAGGAACAGGAAUGAGAACCACCAUAUGCUGAUAAACAAUGUGCCUUCAAGGCAUGUAGAACAUGGCAAAGCCUUGUGCCGAAGAGUGGAUAUGUUUGUAGACUUUGGUGAAGUAGGAUGGGGAGAAUGGAUCGUCUACCCCAAGAAGUAUAAUGCCUACAGAUGUGAGGGUGCAUGUCCAAUCCCAUUGAAUGAGACAUUCAAACCAACAAAUCAUGCUUACAUGAAGAGUGUGGUGAAGCUGUACCAGCCUGAGAAGGUGGAAUGCCCAUACUGCGUCCCAGUGAGAAUGAGCCCAUUGUCUAUGCUGUAUUAUGAAGGCAGUGAUGUUGUCUUAAGGCAUCAUGAAGAAAUGAUUGUUGAAGAGUGUGGCUGUAGUUAGUCCUAUGUGCAUAUAUCUU